GACCUGGAAUUCCACGGAGUCAUGCGCUUCUACUUCCAGGACUCCGGGCAAAAAGUCGCCACCAAGUGCAUACGCGUCGCUUCUGACGCCACGGUGGAGGACGUUAUCGGUACACUAGUAGAAAAAUUCAGGCCUGACAUGAGGAUGCUCUCAGUACCCUCGUACGCUUUAUACGAACUCCACGAAGGCUGCCCGGAGAGGAAGAUGUCCCCCGACGAAAAACCCCUUUUAGUGCAGCUUAAAUGGCACGUAGACGAUCGCGAGGGGAGGUUUCUGUUAAAAAAUGCCGACGACAAGAUGGCUGCUAAUACGAUGGGACCUCUCGAUACUCAUGCGAGCUUUAGACGAAAAUUAUCGAAACGAGAAAAGAAGCAGCUAAAAAAGCAAGAAAAAUUAUCCAAAAUGAAGUUAGAGAAUGGCGAUGCACACGAUCAAGAUGGCGUUGCCGAAAAACUUUAUACUGAGUUACCUGAGACUUCGUUUACUAGAUCUAUAUCAAAUCCGGAGGCAGUUAUGAGAAGAAGAAGACAGAUAGAAUUAGAGAAAAAGUUACAGCAAUUUAGAUCGAAAGAUGGUGGACCUGAUACGGGCGGCACAUUAAAAAUCUACGGAGAAGCCUUGUGCAAGGACGUCCCUUAUAAGACUCUGUUGUUGUCAGUGCGCGAUUGUGCGGGAACUGUAGUGCGACAAAUGUUGGACAAAUACGGGCUUACUAAAACGGAUCCGACCCAAUGGUGCCUCGUCCAGGUUACGCAACAACCUGGAUGUACCGAUACGGAAUAUAUCCUCGAUGACGACGAAUGUCCUUUGAACAUCCUGAUGACUUCAGCGAAUACCGGCUCCAUAAUGUUCCAUGUACGACGGAGACCGGCAGAUUGCGCACCACGAAAAAGAAAAAAGAAACCGGGAGCCAUCGGCCAAACGGCUAGUACGAGGGAUGUGCGAGAAGUCGCGUCCCCCCUUCUGGUCGAACUGGGACCGGAUGGCUCUGCUCCCCAUCCAGGCGAUGCGGCCAGGACGAUACGGUUGACCAACGAUGUUAUGGAAGUCGGCUCGGCCAACGGCAUAGGCCUCCAACUCUACGGCCCUCACAUCCAACCGCGCCACUGCGUCAUCACCAUAAACGCCGCCGACGGCGUAACGUCGCUUACGCCUUGCCACACGGACGCGCACACCUACGUCAACGGUCAGCGCAUCCACCAAACGACAGUUCUACAGCACGGCAGCCUCGUAAAAUUCGGCCACAGCAAUACGUACAGGUUUCUGGAUCCGGCGCACGAGGAUCGCACCAGACCGGCCUUCGGCAGCUCAGGGGGGCUGGAUACCGUUGGUGGGAGGAUGUACGAGAGUCGCUCGCCGCGUGCCUUAAGCCCUACCGAUCAAUCACAAUCUCGAGAAAAUAUCGAAACGACUUUCGAUCUUGACGGCAAUGUCGAAACUGUCUCUACAGCUAGCGGGGCCAGAGAUGAUAAUAGAUCCUUAGGAUCGUCAUCUGAAAAUAGGUUAAGCGGAAUCGACAGAUAUCCUCGAGGACAAGACCCCAUCCUGCCGGCCGUGUUGGAGUUUCCCGAAGAACCGCAAGAGCAGUUCCUCGCCAGAGUCAUUACGCAUUUGGACGUCACGACGCCGACUUUUAGGUUGGCGCCGGCGUACACGCUCUACCUUUGCGCGAGGUAUAGAGCGUCGACGCACUACCGACCCGAAUUGACGCCCACAGAACGGGCUCAUAAAUUGACGCUUCUGUUGCAACAUGCUGCCAUGUUGAUAAGGCAUACUGUCCAGGACAGGAGCACAGAGAGCACGUCGCAAGCCUUCUGGCUCGCCAACGCCAGCGAACUUCUUCAUUUUCUAAAAUCCGAUCGACAUGUCAGCGCUUUUUCAUUGCAAGCGCAAGAUACUCUGGCGGACGCGGUCCAACUAGCGUUCAAGAACUUGGUGGCUUGUUUGACAGACGAAUUGAACGCGGCUUUGACGUAUUUGAUGUCCGUCACCGGAGACGAUCAUCCCAGGGAGAUUAUUAACGUACUAAGCGGAGCCAUGAAUUUGUUAAGGAAGUGUCGGGUCAAUGCCGCUUUGACGAUACAGUUGUUUUCGCAGCUGUUUCAUUGGGUGUCGGCCAAAGCUCUAUCGAACGUUAUCAGCAACAGCAACUUGUGUACGAAAAACUUCGGUCAAAAAUUGUUUAACCGUUUGCGGAAUCUUCAAGCUUGGACCGAAUCGCAAGGACUCGAAUUGGCGGCCGAAUGUCAUCUGGCGAAAAUCGUGCAAUGCGCCCAUCUUUUGCAAGGACCCAAAUACGCUCCCGAGGAUUUGGCCAAUCUCUCUGCGGCUUGUUUCAAGUUGAACUCGAUGCAAUUGGGGGCAUUACUGAUGCAGUACAAAGCCGAACCCGGCGAAAAAAUCGCCUCGGCCUCCCUUCUAGAACAAGCAGCCAAGGCGGCGGAAAGUGUAGCAGACGAAUUAGCCAGAGCAGAAGGUCGCGAAGUCACUUUAUACGAAGAUCCAGCUCCCACGCUGCAACUCCUACUACCCGACGACGGUUUCAGUUGCGACGUCGUGCAAGGCGUUCCACCAGGUCUAGCGGAUUUCCUCCAUCCCCUACAAGCUUCCGGAUUGUGUCGACUGGCUGCCCAACCCACCAGUUCGGGCCAUUGGACUGUAUACAUGUCCGCACCGAGGCCUCCGUCGGCCAUGAGCGCCACGCAACCAGAGGUACAAGUGAUCAGAUUGCACAAAGCAGGCGGAGGAAUGGGACUAUCCAUAGUAGCCGCGAAAGGAGCCGGACAAGAACGAUUGGGUAUUUACAUCAAAUCGGUGGUGCCGGGCGGAGCUGCGGAUAGAGAUGGCCGACUGGCGGCCGGAGAUCAACUGCUUUCGGUGGAUGGUCAAUCUUUGCUGGGUAUAACGCAGGAAAAAGCUGCGGAAUUUCUGCAAAGAACCGGCACUAUUGUGACGUUAGAGGUAGCCAAAGCUGGAGCUGUGUAUCACGGAUUGGCAACGCUGUUGCAGCAACCGAGUCCGACGCCUCAUCGAGGACCGAGACGGAUGUCGGAACGCGAUCUGCCGUCUAGAGUAGAUUCAGAACGUUCUAUCCCCUCUUCCAAAUCUGUUCCCGCCCUCCACCAAAUCCACUCCCCAGGCGCCGUCGACCAACAGCCGACUAGACCGAAUCCCGCCGCCGUUGGCGACAUCUACAGUCGAACUUCUUCUAACAACAGCAUCAACAAUCACCUCAACAACAACGGCCAAGCGAUGAUGAACGGAGGACCGGUCGGAGUCAACCAAGCUUUAAGGAGUCGAUCCACGCACAAUUUACAUCAACAAGACGGCGGUUUCUAUCAGAAUUUGAGUAUUUACAGGAAUAAGAUUCCCAGUCCGCAGCAGUUGGGCGAUAGAACUUCGGCGCUACGAAGCUCUCAAAAUUCCCUCCACUCCUCGAUAGCUAACUCCCAACGUCCUUCGUCCGCCUACUAUCCCCCGCCAUCCACUAUAACCUCCCGGCCUAGUAACCUUCAUCAAUCGAUACCCAAUCUGAAAAACCCGCAAACUAUGUACAGACUUCAAAACGAAGAUCCCAAUCGGAACGGAUCGCAUCCCAACGUUCAGUACGGUCAAAACUAUCACGCAUUCAGCCAUAAACAGAACAGCUAUCCAAGUCCAGAAGAAGGUAGUAAGGUCCCUUACGGCAACACGUUCCCUGGUCAGAAUCAAUCGUAUCCUAGCCCGACACACGGUUCUGUCCAAGGGUAUCCCAACAAUGUUCAACAACCACUACACGUCAAUGCUGGUGUAAGGCAAGAGGAGAGGGUACAGGAAGUGAGAUAUAACAAUGGAGGAGGUUUACUUAGAGAGGAUGUAUUCAGACAGUCCCAGACUUCCAGACAUGAUGAAAUUAUGAGAUAUCCAAGUCAAGGCAAUAUUCGCGUCGCAGAGGGCGUUCAAAACAGCGAUAUAUCUCGGUACAACGAGAUGCGUGCUUCUAAAAGCGAAGAUCUAAUCAAGCAACACGCUUUACAGCAACAACAUCAGUCUGAUAUUACAAGGUACGCGAGUAGCGGCAACAUCCGCGACGGCAAGCCCCUGGAUCUGCCCCAGCUGAGGCAGAAUUCCGAGCAUCCGCCUCAUCAUCGGCUUAGCAACGAAGAUAGACAGUUGAGGGGCGCUGCGAAAAUAGCCGAAAUGUCGGAAGAGGUGCGAAGGCGUCAAAAUCGCGUCCAACAGUUCGGACAACAACCCCAACAGAACGCUUACUACCAACAACAGCAGCAACAGCAACAACAGCAGCUUCAGCAGCAACAGCAACAACAGCAGCUUCAGCAGCAACAACUCCAACAGCAGCAGUACUACAAUCAGAUUAUGUCGCAAAAUGCCCAAAGCAUGCAAAAUAUGAAUAUUAGUCCUCAGUAUGGUCAGCAGCACGCGGGUUACGGGCCACAAACGCCUUUGUCUCCCAGCUAUAACAAGAUACCGCCAGUGGCGCCGAAACCGGCACGAAAAGACGAACCGCAUCUGCCCGAUUUACCCCCAACCAGCACCCAUCCGCUUUACUUAGCCAGCAGCCAGGAACCACCGAAAAUGUCAUUCUAUCCCGGCGCCGGUCCCUCUUUGACGAAACCCCCGCGAGAUCCUUGGGCGAGGGAGGAGCAGGAACGGCAGCAGGAGGCGAGACGGGAAGCGGCUAGACAUUGGCAGGAACAACAGAUCAGGGAGCUCGUUUCGCUGCCCUACAGGACUCCGCAGCAGGAGGAACAGUUGAGAGUGUUGCAAUUGGAAAGGGAGUUCCAGAGGAGGGCGAUGGAAGCGGCAGAGGAAGGCGAUGAGGAUACCGAAAAGGAAAGCCCGACGCCUCAAGGAUCUCCUCAGGGAUCCCCCAACCAAAAUGCUACCAACCCUGCACCGAAUAAACCUGAACCCACUCAGCUGCCUCCAGCUUCUAUACUUAAACCCAAUGCUACGACCAAUAACGUGCACGUCCAGCACCAACAACAACAGCAACAGCAGCAACAACAACAUCACCAACUACAGCAGCAUCAGCAUCAACUGCAGCAGCAGCAGCAGCAGCAGCAACAGCAUCAGCAACAACAACUGCAACAAGGUCAACCAUCACCGCCCGAAAUUGUAAAUGUGCCACCGCCGCCAGAAAGAGGUUCCAGCUUUGCCGUUAUGUCAAUGCGAGCGAAAGAGUCUACUAAAAGGGUGUCAUUCAACGAUGCUUCGGCCAAUACGACGCCUGUUCAACCUCCGACCAGUUUAAUGAUCGAAGAAACCAUAAGGGAAGAUCCCAACAGCUUCAUUCGCCAAGCUGAAUCCAUGUUGGCAUCCCCCACGACGCCCACGGACGCCUCCCCGGGAACUUCGACCGCUACCCCAGGGGUAAUAGGAGCUCAAGAAGUGUACAGAGACCCGAGGGCGCGCCGAUUGGCCGCGCAGGCGCAGCUCAAAGACCAAAACUUGAUCGCCGCCGUGCCGGAAAAGCUGUCGUUCAAAGAAAAAAUGAAAAUGUUCGCCAUGGAGACCGGCGAACAGGAAACGCCGAAGGACAAGAGCAAAAUUAGCAGAGCGCAGAGAGACAUUGACAGUUUAGGAUCGCCGAAUUUGGUUCAUUAG